GUCAGUGGUGGUAAAGCAAAGUUUCGCGGGACGAGCAGAAAUCUGAGAUUAUCAUCAUUCGGCAGCUUGAAGACUAUCUUGGGUUGGACGUUGCGAUUGUGAUUAAACAUGGGGGAUUAUUUGGUGCAUCUUUCGUGGAUUUUAUAUGUUUUUGUCUUCAAUGCAGUCCGCCAGGCGACGCCAGAAGUAGUUCUAGUCCAGCUCUCAUCAGAAGCCACAAAAGGGGGCGCUGUCUACAAAGGGGCGCUCAUCCCAAACGGCCUCACUGUGGAAUCGACGCCAUUGAAGGAGACGAGGAACGUAAGGGAGUUGGUGUAUGACUCCCAGGAUGAACAAGUCUAUUGGAUCGACGCAGAGAAGAGGACCAUCAAUGCCGCUUUCACCGACGGCUCCAAUUUUCGGAUAUUGUAUACUUUAUCACCUGAUUCCGUUCCCAACUGCCUCUCCCUCGACCCCUCAGCUAGACUUCUCUACUACGCCGACAGCGGGGAGAACGUCAUUGGUGUCAUCAACGUCGAGGGGUCGUAUCAUCAUACCUUAUUUUACGAUCUUGAUGAACCGUCGCAUCUGGCUGUGGAUACCAAAAAUGGAUUCAUCUACUGGGUCAUGGCCGGCUCUACCCCAGGAAUCUACAAAGGUCCGACGUGCGGUACAAGGAAAGAUGCCAUAGUUACUGAAAAUGUACCUCAAAUAAGCGGACUUGCCUUGGACACGAGAGGUAACAAGCUCUUCUGGAGCGACGGAUCCACAGGGAAGCUAGAGGAGUCGGGGCCAGAUGGGACAGGCCGGAGGGUACUUUGGGAGGACCCGAGCCUCUCUCCUAUGGGUCUUGCAGUCGGCGAGGAUGGCCUAUAUUUUGUGGAGAAAACGACAAGGCAUUUGUACAGAUUCCGAUCACAGUCAUCCGGGCGUUUAAGAAAGAGAGAGGCAGGCCAAGAGAAUGUCACAGAGGCAGAAGGGCCCGAAAGGCCUGUUGAAAAAGAAGUAGCACAACCAAAAACAGCCACUGGAACCUCCGUGGAAAAACCAACUGAACUCCCCGUAGACGAAAAGCCUGCGGGGAGCCGUGAGGGUGAAAAAAUACCAGCGCCAGCGUCCAAGGCUGUAAAGGAAGAAGGCAUUCCUGGCAAUGAUUAUGGUGGGUCCGGAUCCGGAUCCGCCGAGGAAACGGCAGCGGACCCGGAAAAGCCACAGCAGGAGUCAGUCCCCGAUGGCCCUGCUCCGCCACAAGAUGUCACGGCGGGGACGAAACCUGUGGAAGAGAUACCUAGGCUUCAGGCACCAGAGCUGAAGGCAAAACCAGAGGCUAAAACUAUGCUGCUGACUACGCCGAUUGCUUCGACGACCCCGCUGCCGCCUCUGCUGAAGGUCAAGGUCAUGGGAAUGGAGCAGCAGACGAUGAUGAAUAUAUGGCCGUCGAUUGUCAGGGGAGAACCAGGACCAUGUUCUGUAGACAACGGACAGUGUUCACACAUCUGCUUUCCUCAUCCGGUCAAGGGACACAUGUGUGCAUGCCCAGACGGUAUGGUCAUGGAUGCAGAGAAAAAGGUUUGCUCAUACGAAGCCAAAUAUGACCCGAAGAAAACAUACCUCGUGUUCACGCAGACGUCACGUGGUGAGUCUGAACGAGGCUCUCUCUGCACCAUGGAACUAACAUCCGGGGAUAUUAACUGCAGGCGGCCAUCACCGACGACGUUUGGACCAAUCGAAUUCAACUCUGAAGGUUCAAAAGCGUACUGGGUGGACGAGACGAAGAAGGCUGUCAUGUCGUCGAAGUACGAUGGAAAAUGGCCGAGAACAUUGUUCAAAACAGAACAAGCAUCAUCAAUAACUGACCUUAAAGUGAAUGGCAUCACCCAGCUGAUGUAUCUGACUGACAGCGGCAAGAAUGAGAUAAUAGAGGCUGAUAUGACCCAUCCAUACGCGGAGAGAAUCAUCAAAACAAAUCUAGAAGAACCACAGUCGAUCUUCGUAGGAAAAGACCUCUAUUGGUCAGAAUGGGGCAAAGUUCCAAAAAUACUCAAAGCUGCGUUGUCUCCAGGACGGCUUGGGAUAUCUGAGGUAGUGCUUGAGACAGACUUGGCACAGCCGAUGUCAUUACAAAUUGAUUACUCUGAUAUGUCUCUCUACUGGGUAGACAGUGCAACCUCCAAGAUAGAAACAUUAUCCUUGAGGACGAAAGCCCGAACGACCAUCUAUCACGACCCGAAGGCGAGACUCCGUAGCCUUGCCUUGGAUGAUGCGUACCUCUACGUCUUGGAUUGGAAUUCUGGUUUUAUCAAGCGCAUAGAAAAGGAUGGUAAUCACAAGAUGGUGAAGAUAGGGAAGGCCGUCCUCGGACAACUUACACACUUGUUGCUUUAUAGACAUACCGUGUAUGACAAAGAAGCAGGGCAUGGCGAGUGCGGUGAACUGACCCCGGGUGCUGCCAGUAAGCCUGACUGCUACCGCCAGGGUACGCUGAUGUACUGCAGGGCUGGCUGCAAGGAAGGCUUCGAGCAUCUCCCUUCAAGAGUCCAGGACCACCAGAAACUCUACAUUUGCAUGGAGGGCAAGUGGUCACCGACAGAACCACUGCCACAAUGCUUUGAGACGAUAAAGGGCAAGGGUGCCUCAGUCCGCGGAAAACUGACCUUUACCACAUCCAAGGCCAACUGCUCUGACUCUGGCUACAGGGCGACGAUGGGUGAGAAAGCGCGAAUGAUCAUGUUGUCCAAUCAUUAUAAGAUGUGUUCGGUCAGUAAGUGCAUCCUCAAGGAUCCAAAGGUGAUGUGCGUGCCCACGGGCGACACAGAGGAGGGUGAGGGACCAGCCAAGAUCACUGUGGAUGUUAUAUGGAGGGUCAUGAUGGGACCAAAUGAUACAGUUGCAGAGUUAAAGGAACACUUAUCAAAAGAGAUGUACCAUCUCGUGCGCACGCACAUGUCAGUAGUUGUUAAUGACGUCACGGUGCCUGUGAAUCUCGGCGAGACAUUCUUUGAGCGGCCAGCGGCGGCUUGUGAGACUGGCGAGGAGAUGACAUUUGAGGGUUGUGUCGCCUGCCAAAAGGGUUCGUUCUUUGACCAGUACUCCGCAGAAUGCAGCAAAUGUCCCGUGCAUACCUUCCAAGACAAGCCAGCCAAGCAGAAAUGUAAAUCCUGCCCUGGUGGGACGUUUGGCAACAUCACGGGCGCCCACAACCAAUCACAAUGCUUGGAUGUAGAUCUGAGUGCAGCAAACGAUGUCCCAUUGGGCGUAUUCCCAAAUGACGUAAAUAUGACGUCAUCGUCGCGAGCCAAUAGGCAAGGAGAUAACGUCAGUGCGACGCACCUGAUCAUAGGUACAGUUCUAUGCAUCGUCUUCUUCCUUAUCUUUAUUAUCAUACUGAUCAUUCUCAUCCGAAAACGGCGCAGAAGAACGAAACAGGAGGCAAGAGAGAAAUGGGCUGGAGAUCAAAUUCGACGGUCUUUAUCAGACAUUCUGAAGUCAUCACAAUUAGAAAACGGGGACGCCCCCAACCAUGAGGAAGAUUCACCGCGUUCAGAGAGACAUCACGACUUGGAUGACGUCAGUAUAGCGCCUCUAGCGGAGGAGGAGGACACUUUUCUUGGUGCUUCAACGCCAAAUUUGCUAGUAUGAAACGAAGACACGAAGGUUACAUUUGGUCACGUUGUGGUGUUCUAACUAUUCAGAGGUUUGGAUGGUUUGGACGUACAAUUAGUAUUCAAAUGUUGGUUUUGUACUCCUCUUUGGAUUUGGAGCAUUCGCUUCCUUGACGCGGCCCUAUAUUAGAUCGACACAGAGAGCGUAGUAUCCGGCAUGUGGAACACAUGAUAUUACAAUAGUAUUCCAGUGUAGACCUACGUCUGUGUUUGGGGACGGCACUGUUUAUGCACCUCUUGCAUGUUAACGCGUAACGAUUGUCAUUUGACAGAUUUGGCAAGCCAUGCAAAGAGAAACGACGAAAUGCGAAGUAUGAAAAUGUAAUAAAUUAAUAUGCAUUUUAUCAACGAUUUUAACAAAGUUUAAAACAUGAUUUACAGGUUUCUUGUAUGAAGUGAGUUUUCGCAAAUCCCCGAAACGCGAACGCGAACGCCUAUCCACUUGUUUGACAUCUCGAUCAGGAGCUGAACAAUCGGAUAGACGUUCGCGUUGGCGUUUUGGGGGCUUUGCGAAAACUCCCCAGUGAUUUUAAUAGUGCAGCAAUUGGUGACACCACAGUUCUUCGUUCUGGAGUCAAACUUCGUCGUUCGUACGGAUUUCGAAACCUCCCUAAUUCUCCACACGAGAUUAAGACCGGACUCUCUUCCCGACAGGUCCGCGACGGGAAUACGUCCGGCUAAACCUCUUUCUAUUGUCUUUCAUUGAUAAAAUGGCGGGUAUAAAUGCUCAUUUCAAAACAGACAAUUAUUUUGGGUUUAAUAGGACAAUAACUUAUUCUGAUAUGGCUGCUAUUAAAUUUAAUGACCUAUAACUCUAGAACAGUUUCAUUGGACAACUUGGGCAUGAUAAAUUUUGGUUUUUCAUACAAAUAUGGCUUCUAGCAGGACUGUGUCUUCUCCAACAGGAUCCUUGAAAAAUUAUCAUAUCUAAUCAUUGAACACUUCACUAGAACGGCAUGUGACUUUAGGCUGACCUGAAUGCGCAAGUCCUUGCAACGGGAAGAAUAUCAUUGUUAAAGAUCAGCACUGGUGUAAGUGAAUGCUACGGGUGGCGGCGCAUGGUGAUGAUUAGGGACAUUAUCCAAACUAAACUCCCAUGCCCAAGUCGUCCCUUUAAAGAAUGAUAACUUGUAUGCUGUAAACCUGUGAAUAGUUUAUUAUGUAUGGUGAGAAAGUAAUGUAUUGUUAGCUGUAAAAUGAUACCGUAAAUACAAACUUCAUAAAUGAAUAACUAUGUUGACCCGCUGUCGACUGGCCCGUUAUGAUACUGUGUUAUCAUAUCGAAGGACAUAGUCUCUCUAGCUAUUAAUCCCUGAACAAUACGGUAGGUUGUCUUCUACAGGGGGAUACAUUGCAGUCACAUCGGCUCGGCAUUGUCCCAUCUCCACAUACGCUAUUAAGCGAGAGUUUCACGCCCAAGGCCUUUGUUAUUUUAUGUCGCGUUGCCAACCUACGAAUGCCUUGGGUGUGAAACGCUUGCUAAAUGGCUAACCUGGAUACGGGCCUUUAGCUAGUUGCUGAAGCAUUAUUGCUGGAAGCAUGACUGGGGCCGUGUAUCUUAAAUAUUCAAGCAUUUUUAAUGCAUUGCCAUUGCUGUAUGCAUGUGUCUUAUUCAGUAUUUUUGUAAAUGUUUGAUAUAAAUACUGGUAUUAUAAUGUGUAACAAUAUAUUAUAUAAAUAUAAAUAUGAUGCGCUAAAGUGUCAAAUGCAUGAUUUUUGACAAGAGAUGCCGUUGAUGUGCACAAGAAUACAUAGUAUAUGCAAUUUCUGUACAUGUAUUGUGACGGCCGUUCAAAUUCAAUUACAAAUUUCAUAUUGUUUGACGAACAGAGUAGGCCUUUAAAAAAGAAGUGUCUCGAGAUGCCGGAUAACACCUAAUGAAGUUCUACAUUUGGUACUGGCCUGACAUUUUGCAGGUUUCGCAACCCCUACGAACGACGAUGUACAGAUGACUGUGGUCUCACCAAGUCUUACGCGACGUCGUAAGUCAUCUUUCUUCGUACUUCGUCCGGGACGCGUAGCUUCUUCGUAAAGGUUGCGAAACCUGCCUAUUAUCACGAGACACACCGAAUUGAUGAUGAUCAGGCCUGUGCCUUUUUAGUUCCUUUGCUUUUUUCUCAGUCAUCCAACGGUCGCCAUGUUAUUGCUAAUGACGUUCAUGUUCAUGUCAUUAACAUAUUAUGCAAAUUCUACGUUCCCAAUACAUUUUGUAGCUUUUUGUAUAAACAAUAAAUAGCG